CGAAAAUUAGAGACAAUUGAAUUGUGUUGAUUACAGAAAGAAAUUAAAAAGCCCUCAAGAUGAUGGGCAAAGUGAAAACUCAGGGCCUUGUGUCCGACUUGAUGCCAAACAUCAAGCUGAUGCAAAUGGCCGGACAUUUCCUAUUUAAUUACACCGAAGAAACCGGUGGCAUGUCAUUGCUGCUCCGUAAGGUCUACGCCUCAAUGCAUGCCUUCCUCAUCGUCAUCAACUUCAUCUGCAUGGGCAUCAACAUGGCUCAGUACUCCGAGGAAGUCAAUGAGCUCACCGCCAACACUAUCACGGUCUUGUUCUUCGCUCACACUAUUAUCAAGCUGGCCUUCUUUGCGAUCAACUCUAAGAGCUUCUAUAGGACUUUGGCAGUAUGGAAUCAGUCAAACAGCCACCCGCUGUUCACGGAGUCCGAUGCUAGGUACCACCAGCUCUCGCUUGACAAGAGCCGUCGACUUCUGUACUUCAUCUGUGGUACCACCUGCCUCUCUGUUGUCAGCUGGGUGACGCUCACAUUUUUCGGCGAGUCUGUCCGCCUAAUUGCCGACAAGGAGAGCAAUGAGACCCUCACUGAGCCAGCUCCCAGGCUCCCGCUAAAGGCCUGGUACCCCUUCGACGCUAUGGGCGGGACCAUGUACAUGGUGGCUUUCGUCUAUCAGAUCUACUGGCUCCUAUUCUCCAUGUUGAUCGCCAAUCUCAUGGAUGUCAUGUUCUGUUCCUGGCUGAUCUUCGCCUGCGAGCAGCUCCAGCACCUCAAGGCCAUCAUGAAGCCGCUCAUGGAGCUGAGCGCUGCUCUGGACACGUACCGCCCAAAUACUGCUGAGCUGUUCAGGGCAUCUUCUACUGAAAAGUCUGAAAAGGUUCCAGAACCUACAGACAUGGACAUUCGGGGUAUAUACUCAACGCAGCAGGAUUUCGGCAUGAUGCUGAGAGGCGCCGGGGGUAGACUGCAGAACUUCAACUCUCCCAAUCCAAACCCGAACGGGUUGACUCAGAAACAGGAGAUGUUGGCCAGGUCCGCUAUCAAGUAUUGGGUGGAACGACAUAAGCACGUUGUGAGACUGGUGGCGUCCAUAGGAGAUACUUAUGGUACUGCUCUACUGUUUCACAUGUUGGUUUCAACCAUCACGCUUACACUUCUGGCUUAUCAAGCGACAAAGAUCGAUGGUCUCAACGUGUAUGCAUUCAGCACAAUCGGAUACCUCAGUUACACUCUGGGGCAGGUGUUCCAUUUCUGUAUCUUCGGCAACAGGCUUAUUGAGGAGAGUUCAUCAGUGAUGGAAGCAGCAUACUCCUGCCAAUGGUACGACGGUUCUGAAGAGGCCAAGACCUUCGUCCAGAUUGUGUGCCAGCAAUGUCAGAAGGCUAUGAGUAUCUCGGGAGCCAAGUUCUUUACGGUUUCGUUGGAUCUGUUUGCUUCUGUACUUGGCGCUGUCGUCACCUACUUCAUGGUGUUGGUACAACUGAAGUAGAUGCCAUCGAAAUCGUCAAAGGUAACUUACAAAUACAAAUUAUACCUUCGAGUCUGCUGAAUUAAGUAUUUGCCACUUUGAGGUUGUUGAAAACUGUAAAGCAGUGACGUCAGUAUGAUUAAUUUUAUUGUACUUGUUAUGAAAUAGGUAGUGAAAAUGAAAGAACUUAUAUUAUUGUAUUACGACUUGACAUAUCAUAAUAUAACUUUUUACUUUACUUUAUGCUGCUGAGGAAUCUACUUUUAUUAUAUUUUUAUUGUAUAUAAAACAUUUAUUACGACAGGUAGGUAUUUAUAGUGAAAUCAUACAUUCAAAAUAAUGGAGCCAUAAUAAUUAUAGUUACGUUACAACUUAAAUUUUUUUUAUAAUAUAAAGUCUAUCUUUCUUUUCAGACUGUGGAAAAAUAUUUACUUUUAUUUGUACUUAGUCUUACUUUUUUCAAUAUACGAAUAUGAAGUUACAAGUAUUACUGAAGGUCUGAAAAUUAUAUUAUUGAACUGUUUUUAGAACUGUAAGUAUGUCUAGUAAUGUUACUCUACCUAGAUCUACUACUACGGGCCUUCGCGUCUAUUUCAGACGAUUUAUGGUGCAAUGUCCGAGAGACAUCGCUUUUGAUGAUUAAAGAGACCUAUGCGAGAGCGACAUAUUUUGCCACAUAGCUGACAAGGGAAGCUUGCA